AUGAACAACAAUCCAGCACCAUUAAAAGAAGUAAAUAAAACUGAAAAUUUAAAUAAACAACCACAAAAAAUUCGUGAAAAAUUAGUUAACUCUGUCUUGGAAUUUAUUAAUACUCAUGAAAUAAAAAAUUCUUCAAGUGAUGAAAUUGAAGCGUUUUUGCAUCGACAUUUCUUUUUAAAAGAUUGGGAGGUUGAUGAAGUUAUUUCUAGAAUAGUUGAACAAAAUCGCCCACACAAAAUUUUUUGUUCGACUCCAGUAACUGUUAAAGGCGAAAAAGAUUUGGAAAUGUAUUUUUUUGAAGAUGAGAUUUUAAAAUUGAAACAACAACUCAAUGAAGAUAGAGAAAAUUUUAAUGAUAGAAUAAGUAUGUUGGAAGCAAAAUAUUUUGCUUUAAGGGGACGAACUUAUGUAUUGGAGGAGGAAUAUUUCAAAUUUUGUCGGGAAUUAGACAAAAUUAAAUCAAUUAUUGCAAAUAAUUUACAAAUUGACAAGUCUGUUUUAAUAUUUUUUAAAAAUUGUUAUACCAUUAUUUUUACGAGUUUAAUAUUUUUGGGGUUUAAAAACUUAUUAUUUAAUCAAGGAGAAACACGCCCCUUUCAGCUUUUAUCUCUUGAUAAAUAUAUUUUUAACUUUGACCGGUAG